AUGUCGUUCUCGCCCCCACAUGCCCACUUGGAACGAUCUCUGUAUAAAGGUGAAGACAAACUAGCCACAGGUGAAGCCAAACUAGCCACAGGUGAAGACAAACUAGCCACAGGUGAAGACAAACUAGCCACAAGUGAAGACAAACUAGCCACAGGUGAAGACAAACUAGCCACAAGUGAAGACAAACUAGCCACAGGUGAAGACAAACUAGCCACAGGUGAAGACAAACUAGCCACAGGUGAAGACACACUAGCCACAAGUGAAGACAAACUAGCCACAGGUGAAGACAAACUAGCCACAGGUGAAGACAAACUAGCCACAAGUGAAGACAAACUAGCCACAAGUGAAGACAAACUAGCCACAGGUGAAGACAAACUAGCCACAAGUGAAGACAAACUAGCCACAGGUGAAGACAAACUAGCCACAGGUGAAGACAAACUAGCCACAGGUGAAGACAAACUAGCCACAGGUGAAGACAAACUAGCCACAGGUGAAGACAAACUAGCCACAAGUGAAGACAAACUAGCCACAAGUGAAGGCAAACUAGCCACAGGUGAAGACAAACUAGCCACAGGUGAAGACAAACUAGCCACAGGUGAAGACAAACUAGCCACAGAUGAAGGCAAACUAGCCACAAGUGAAGGCAAACUAGCCACAGGUGAAGACAAACUAGCCACAGAUGAAGGCAAACUAGCCACAGGUGAAGACAAACUAGCCACAGGUGAAGACAAACUAGCCACAAGUGAAGACAAACUAGCCACAAGUGCAGACAAACUAGCCACAGGUGAAGACAAACUAGCCACAGGUGAAGACAAACUAGCCACAGGUGAAGACAAACUAGCCACAGGUGAAGACAAACUAGCCACAAGUGAAGACAAACUAGCCACAAGUGAAGACAAACUAGCCACAACCACAAGUGAAGACAAACUAGCCACAGGUGAAGACAAACUAGCCACAGGUGAAGACAAACUAGCCACAAGUGAAGACAAACUAGCCACAAGUGAAGACAAACUAGCCACAAGUGAAGACAAACUAGCCACAGGUGAAGACAAACUAGCCACAAGUGAAGACAAACUAGCCAAACUAGCCACAAGUGAAGACAAACUAGCCACAAGUGAAGACAAACUAGCCACAGGUGAAGACAAACUAGCCACAGAUGAAGGCAAACUAGCCACAGGUGAAGACAAACUAGCCACAGAUGAAGGCAAACUAGCCACAGAUGAAGGCAAACUAGCCACAGGUGAAGACAAACUAGCCACAGGUGAAGACAAACUAGCCACAGGUGAAGACAAACUAGCCACAAGUGAAGACAAACUAGCCACAGGUGAAGACAAACUAGCCACAGGUGAAGACAAACUAGCCACAGGUGAAGACAAACUAGCCGCAGAUGAAGGCAAACUAGCCACAGGUGAAGGCAAACUAGCCACAAGUGAAGGCAAACUAGCCACAGGUGAAGACAAACUAGCCACAGGUGAAGACAAACUAGCCACAGGUGAAGACAAACUAGCCACAGGUGAAGACAAACUAGCCACAGAUGAAGGCAAACUAGCCACAAGUGAAGACAAACUAGCCACAAGUGAAGGCAAACUAGCCACAGGUGAAGACAAACUAGCCACAGGUGAAGACAAACUAGCCACAGGUGAAGACAAACUAGCCACAAGUGAAGACAAACUAGCCACAGAUGAAGGCAAACUAGCCACAAGUGAAGGCAAACUAGCCACAAGUGAAGACAAACUAGCCACAAGUGAAGGCAAACAAGCCACAGAUGAAGGCAAACUAGCCACAGAUGAAGGCAAACUAGCCACAGAUGAAGGCAAACUAGCCACAGAUGAAGGCAAACUAGCCACAGAUGAAGGCAAACUAGCCACAAGUGAAGGAUAUACCCCUAGCGGCGAGUAUGCUUCAGGAUAUACCCCUAGCGGCGAGUAUGUUACAGGAUAUACCCCUAGCGGCGAGUAUGCUUCAGGAUAUACCCCUAGCGGCGAGUAUGCUUCAGGAUAUACCCCUAGCGGCGAGUAUGCUUCAGGAUAUACCCCUAGCGGCGAGUAUGUUACAGGAUAUACCCUAGCGGCGAGAUAUACCCCUAGCGGCGAGUAUGUUACAGGAUAUACCCCUAGCGGCGAGUAUGUUACAGGAUAUACCCCUAGCGGCGAGUAUGUUACAGGAUAUACCCCUAGCGGCGAGUAUGCUUCAGGAUAUACCCCUAGCGGCGAGUAUGUUACAGGAUAUACCCCUAGCGGCGAGUAUGCUUCAGGAUAUACCCCUAGCGGCGAGUAUGUUACAGGAUAUACCCCUAGCGGCGAGUAUGCUUCAGGAUAUACCCCUAGCGGCGAGUAUGUUACAGGAUAUACCCCUAGCGGCGAGUAUGUUACAGGAUAUACCCCUAGCGGCGAGUAUGUUACAGGAUAUACCCCUAACGGCGAGUAUGCUUCAGGAUAUACCCCUAGCGGCGAGUAUGUUACAGGAUAUACCCCUAGCGGCGAGUAUGUUACAGGAUAUACCCCUAGCGGCGAGUAUGUUACAGGAUAUACCCCUAGCGGCGAGUAUGUUACAGGAUAUACCCCUAGCGGCGAGUAUGUUACAGGAUAUACCCCUAGCGGCGAGUAUGCUUCAGGAUAUACCCCUAGCGGCGAGUAUGUUACAGGAUAUACCCCUAGCGGCGAGUAUGCUUCAGGAUAUACCCCUAGCGGCGAGUAUGUUACAGGAUAUACCCCUAGCGGCGAGUAUGCUUCUAAUCCUAAUCUUGGUUUUGAAUGGUCAGAAUAUGAGAGUGGGGGGCUGCCCCUCCCCACCCACCCACCCCCAACCCUCUCCACAAGCACCGUGCGUCCAUCAACCGUCGAGGAAUUGGUGGAAGGAGUCUGUCACUCUGUCAAUUAG